AAAGAAACGUUUCAUGACCUAUUCAAUCGCGAAUCAAUCGUCCAAGACAACAGGUGGCGCUAAACAAAGCCAAAAUGAGCGUGACAGUCAAGUAAAGUAGAAGUUCGGCAACGUUGCAUAUUUCCAAAUGGCGUAAGAAUUAUUCUUCGCCUCAAACGUGCACUAAUGCUUAUUUACGGGAGAACUUUCAAAUGGACAAGUGAAUCUGAUUGAAGAAAACGCGUAAACAGUGACGUCAUUCGAGCUGCCAAGUUCCACGAAGCCAACAGAAAAGGCGGACCGAUCGUCACCCUGCUCGUCCUGGUCAACGCGACGAUGAACGUAAGCUUGAAAAGCAAAAAGCGCGUGGUCCUGCCCAGCAGACCCUCUCCACCCAGCGUGGACCUCAUCCUGGAGGACAUCAGCAGCGCCAAGGCUGACGACCCGGUCUUUACCGUCCUGCAGCAUCUUCAACCGCCGCUGCUGCCACAUCAACAAGAAGCCGGUGAGGCAGAGCGGACCUUCCGGCAAUGUCGGUGUCAUGCGGACCUAAAGCGCCAGCUGCAGGAAGUGGAGAUGGUCCUUACACGCCAGCGGGCCCACCUGAGGGCGUCGGGCCAGCGACUGGACCUCCAUGUGGCGGACGUCAAAGGUGGACUUUGCUGACUCCUCUGGAGCUGCCGCAUCAACCUGCGAGCCGGAAGUUGAUUGAGGCUGCAAAGGCUGCUUGCGUGAUGUUCCCCCUGCUUCUCAUCACGGUUCGAGGCUCAUUUCAAAAUUCAUCUGCAGCGUUAGGAGGGCAAAGGGCGCUGAGACUUCGACACCCAAGAUGAAUGAAAAUUUAUGAAAUAAUUGUUUCAAUUGUUAUUCCACAAACACAAAAGAACAUCUCGAGUCUGGCCGUGGCGCAUACAAUGUAUUCUUGCAAAUUGAAAAGAAAAAAAAAAAGAACGGGGGGAAUCCUCCUUCAUGUACUCAAAUACAAUAA